CGAGCCGAAAAUGGCGGAGUACCUGGCGUCCAUUUUCGGCACAGAGAAAGACAAGGUCAACUGUUCCUUCUAUUUUAAGAUCGGGGCUUGCAGACAUGGAGACCGCUGCUCGAGGCUGCACAACAAGCCGACCUUCAGCCAGAUUCUUGGCAAUGAAGGAUCUUGUGCCUGCAUGCCUGUCAGAAUACCAUCUUGAUUCAGAACAUCUACCGAAAUCCCCAGAACAGCGCCCAGACGGCAGAUUCCUCACGCUACCAUUUCCCUCUUGAACAUUUACCUUCAUAACCUUCAAAACUCAAGUCUGCUGCUGGUUUGCACUGUGCCGUCAGUGACGUGGAAAUGCAGGAGCACUAUGACGAGUUCUUUGAGGAGGUGUUCGCGGAGAUGGAGGAGAAGUACGGAGAGGUGGAGGAGAUGAACGUGUGCGAUAACUUGGGCGACCACCUCGUCGGCAACGUCUACGUUAAGUUUCGUCGUGAGGAGGAUGCAGAGAAAGCCGUCAUGGACCUGAACAACCGCUGGUUCAACGCUCAACCCAUCCACGCAGAGCUCUCCCCAGUCACAGACUUCAGGGAAGCCUGCUGCCGCCAGUAUGAAAUGGGAGAGUGCACCAGAGGCGGUUUCUGCAACUUCAUGCACCUUAAACCAAUAUCCCGGGAACUUCGGAGGGACUUGUACGGCCGCCGGAAGAAAGGGAACCGCUCCGGCUCGCCCUCCCGGGAACGACGCUCCCGCUCCAGGGAUCGCCGGCGGGAUCGUGAAAGGCGAAGGUCGAGGGAUCGGGAGCGUUCCGGAAGGUUCUAAAGGAAACCGAGACUGUCCCAAUGUUCCCACAGCACAUCCCUCCCUCUUCACCCCAGCCGUGAUGACAAAGUUAUUUUCUUUUUGUGAAUUGUAUGAAGGUUUUUCUUGUUUCUUUUAUUCCCUUUUUUAAAGACGAGCUUGUGUCGCUUUCUCAAUAAAACAUAUUUGUAACUCA